UGUGGGGCAGGCUGAGGAAGCAGGUGUCUGUCUCUGUGUGUCGCUAUCUCAUGUGAACGAACCUCGCUGAGCCAUUUCAGAGGCACAAGGACUCCCACUGGCCUGACGUCCAGGCAAUCUGGUUUCGGGGAGGAGCAUCCAGACACUGGAAUACGGGACCUUGGGCUGUGGUUGUAUCGAGGAGCAAGGUCACAGAAUUGACACUGGCAGCUUGGGAUGGAGUCACAGAGGUUGGGGGCAGCCUUGGCCCUGUUCUUGCUCAUUAUGGCCACAGUCAUCUGGCAGCAAGCUCUGGCAGGGCUUCACAAGGGAGAAGCCCGCUUCACGGCUGUCGGGGGUGAAGGCAUCCCCUUUGGCCUGUCAGUGGUCCUGCUGGUGGACAGGAAGCAGGUGGCAUCCUACAACAACACAGUGCAGGAGCUGGUUGUCCGCCUGAGCUGGCUGUACCAGGCUUUGGGCAGGAAACUGCUCCAGGAGAAGACAGAGGAGCUGAUAAGUUACGAGAAGGAUUUCCACUGGGGAGUGGAGAACUGGAUGCGCUUCCAAAACCGCAGCGGGGGAACCCACACACUGCAGCUCAUCGUGGGCUGUGAGCUGGACCAAGACAUCCAAGUCGGCAGGGUCUUCCGGUUUGCCUACGACGGAGAAGACUUUUAUUGGCUGGAUGAGCAGCGUGGGGUCUGGAUAUCUUUCUGGUCUGGCUGGCAGAUCGCUAACCUGCCCUUCUGGGAAGGCAGCCCUUUCUGGUCCGAGGUUGUACGUCGUUACACGAAAGAGGAGUGUGCCUCCUUGAUGAAGAUCACCCUGCAAUACUGGAACCUCAUAGAGAGCACACCUCCGGAGGUGACCGUGACCCGCCAUGAUGGCCCAGAUGGCAGCCUGACCCUUUCCUGCCUGGCCACCGGAUUCUAUCCCAGCUCCAUCCUGCUGCGCUGGGUGAAGGAUGGGGAGGAGGGGCUGUGGGGGGAGGAGAGCUCCAGUGGGACCCUCCCCAACGCCGAUGACACCUUCUACCUCCGCCAGACCCUGCAAUUACGGGCAGAGGCCGGGAACCCCAGCUAUGCCUGCCUGGUGGAGCACAGCACCCUGGGGGUGCCCACUGCCUUCCCAGAAAUGCGAGUGAAUAUCAAGAAAAGUGAAGUGCAAGUGACACAAAACUACCGGCAAAUUAUAUGGAAUGAGAUGUAA